UUGUUCCCUCUGUGAGAAAUUUUGCUGCGAAAUAGUACACGUUUGCGUGCAAUUGAAAUAUCAAAAAAUGGCUGCCGGUUUAUUUUCCCGUUUGGAGCCGUUCGAUUGCCGAAACGGAGAUUUCGAUUAUUAUCUGGAGCAGUUUGAGCACUUUUUACUGCUGAAUUCCGUCGACGAUGAGGCCAAAAAGGUCCCGCUGUUUAUUACGAGUAUUGGCCAGGAUGCCUACCGCAUUCUAAAGGAGAGCUGUGAUCCGGUGGAUCCAAAAGAGAAAUCUUUCGAAGAAUUGAAAGCAGCAUUGCUGCAAUACUUUGCCCGUCGUCAGUUCUACAGUCGAAAUCAACGUCCAAACGAACAAUUAGGAGCAUUUAUCAAUGAUGUGAAACGGCUCUCACUCAAGUGCAGCUUUGGUCCGUUUGCGAAAGAAGCCCUUCGCGAUCGAAUUGCAUGUGGAAAAUUACCGGAAGAUAAAACUGAUAAGCCCGUACCCCAUCCACCAGUCCAGGCUCAGCAAAAAUCGGCCCCAACACCGGCACCUGAUAAGGCAGCAGCGAAACCAAAACAACCGAGGGUUCCCAAGGUACCACAGACAACCGGACAGGAAGUGGCACUACCGGCGCCCGAAGGUCAGCAGAAGCAGAAGCAAAGGCCGAAAGGCACCACCGGUGAGCAUCGCUGUAAAAUUUGCGGCCACUCGCACAAGGAAGCCGAUUGUGCCCACAAAGAUGCUUCCUGUUUUUUGUGCCGCAAGAAGGGCCACAUAGCGUCCGUCUGCCGGGAGAAACAUCAGAAGCAGAACCAACCGGCGCCGGCAGCGCAACCGGUUCAGGUGCAUGUGCACGUGCAGCAGAACACUGCAAUGAAAAAUGAAUGAGAAUUUUCGGCGUUGUUUUUUUUUGUUUGCUGAAUACCAGCAAAUUGAUUUCUAUUUACUGAAAAGUAUAGCGAAUUGUUACUGAAUGUUGAACACUCAGUAAUUACUAUAACCAAACUGUCAAAAUUAUUACCAAAUUAAACACUCUUCUAUUAAGCACAGUUUCAUCGGUGUUUUAUGAGCAAAAAUAUUACCACAGACAAACAGACAUAACUCUUGGAUGAAAAAUCAACUAAAAUUAUCGUACCUCACAUUUAAUGCUCAGGCUAAAUGUGAGCCAUCUAUGAUCGACAUGCCCAAAUAUCAAAUAGCAAUAUGGGUAUCCCUAGAAGUAGCAAGUAUUUUUUAUGGGGAAUUCCCCUUCUUUCGUCAAAAAGCGCCACUUUGACCAAAACGGAGACAUUCCCAACUAAGCCCAAAUUUGAAAUGACGGUUUAAUCGGUACGAUGAAUGGAAAACGAGUGUUAUGUCUGUUUGUCUGUAAUAUUACUUUGAAACAAUGUAAAGCUAAUAAUUAGCAUGAA